CCAUAUGAAAUUACGAUGAUCCAAUGUUUAUUUGACAACAUAUUUUCGACUCAGAAUAGCCCAACAAUCUUUUUCUAUUUCCGCUCUUGAUCCCUCAUUUUGCCUCUCCAUAAACAGCAAAUCUAAAAUCCAUGGAAGAAGUUUGGGAUGAUAUUAACCUUUCUUCUCUUCGUUCCGUGGACGAUACACAGAAAACCAGCUUAAGAGGAGCUAAUUUUCAAGAUUUCUUGGCUCGACCAUUUGACAAAGACCAUCCAAACUUCGGCUCUCCGCCUCCACCUCCGGCCACCCUUCUCACUUUGAAUUCUAGUCCUGAUCAAUUGAACUUCUUUGGAAACUCGGAUUCUCGUCGGCAAAGCUCAGGUUUGCAGCCUCCGCCCAAUUCACGGGCCUCUUAUGAGAAUCCUGUGCCGUCUAAUGGUUUAUCUUCACAAGGAUUGUUAGGUGCUAGUGGGAAUAAGAGGUUGGCAGUGUCUGACAACAAUUCUAGAGAGCGACGGGACAAGCGAAUGAUGAAGAAUCGAGAGUCAGCUACUCGUUCAAGGGCUCGAAAGCAGGCUUAUAUUAAUGAGUUGGAUCUAGAAGUGGCCAGCUUGUUGAAAGAAAAUGCUAGGCUCUUGAAACAGCAACAACAGUUAUAUCUAGCUGCAGCUGCUAAACUUCCUAAGAUGCCCACUCUCAAGAGGACAUUAUCAGCUCCAUUUUAACAUGAGUGCCAACUUUCUCAUUGGUUUGUCAUCAAAUGGAGAUUUUCGAGUAAGUCCCAGUCGAAUAUCAAACCCAGCAAAUGUAAGGAUAGAGUUGGAUUAAAACAACUCUAGUUACUUUGCCAGCUAGCCAAAUUGUUAUUACUUGAUUGAAAUGUCAAGUAGCUCUAGAUUUCAACGCUUGGACUUGUUGAAAAUUUUGUGUGAU